AUGGAGAGAAGCGGCAAUCAGACGCUACUUGUGGCUGAAUUCAUCUUCCUGGGUUUCUCUGGGGUCCAAAAAGGUCAGGUCUUCUUCUUCCUCCUCUUUCUGACCAUCUACCUCAUCACCCUGGUGGGAAACUCCAUGAUUUUCACUCUAAUCCAGCUGGAUUCGCGUCUCCACAGCCCCAUGUACUUUUUCCUCAGCCAUUUAUCCUGCUUGGACGUCUGCUACUCGUCCGUCACUGUCCCCAAGAUCCUGGUAAACUUUUUGCGCCAGAGGCACACCAUUUCUUACAACCAGUGCAUGGCCCAGAUGUUCUUCCUGAUGACCUUUGCGGGGUCCGAGUGUGCCCUGCUGGCCGUCAUGGCCUACGACCGCUAUGCCGCCAUUUGUCAACCCUUGCGCUAUGCUCAACUGAUGAGCAGAAGAGUGUGUUUCCCUCUUGCCACGGCUACUUGGAUCUGGGGCCUCUUGGACUCUGCCAUUCACACCGCGCUCUCCACCAACCUGGCCUUCUGUGGGGCCAACCAGAUCCACCACAUCUUCUGCGAUGUCCCUCCUCUUCUGCAAAUCGCCUGCAGUGAUACCUAUGUCAACGAGAUGGCUCUUCACAUAGCGAAUGUUUUUAUGGGCAUGGCCCCUUUCCUCCUGGUGGUCAUCUCCUAUAUCUUCAUUUUGUCAGCCAUCCUUCGGAUCCGCUCUAACACCGGCAGGCACAAGGCCUUCUCCACUUGUGCAGCCCACCUAGUUGUGGUCAUCAUCUAUUUUGGGAUGGCCGAUGUGAACUACAACCGCCCAAGUGCAGGCUACUCCUUGGAAGUGGACACCCUGAUCUCCACUCUCUAUUGUAUCAUCAUCCCCAUGUUGAAUCCUGUCAUCUACAGCCUCCGCAACAAGGAGGUGAAGGAAGCCCUGAGAAAGGUUCUGGGGGGCUUCAAGAAGGGCUUUGGUUUCCCUCACUAACAGGGAAUCCUCAUGGGCCUAGCACCCCUGGGGAAAUUCCCCUUUGCGAGUUCAAGUAUGGAGGCUCACACCA